AUGGAAAGAGGGACGCGUCGACUCGAGCCAGACACCGGGGCUGUGAAGCAGUACUGCCAGCAGCAGCAACAACAACAACGCCUGCAGCAGCAGCAGCAGCAGCCGCAGGACACUUUAAUUGGAAGCAACAACAACAGCGUCAGAAAGAGCGGCAGCAGCAUUAUGUCGGCAGCUGCUGCGGACGAAGGGUCUUCUCGCAGGAGGCGGCGGGGAUGGGACGAUGAGGAGGGUGAUGGGGGUGAGGGUUCCUCAGCGGGUUUCUCUUCAAAUAGUGGCUCAAAAGGCUCGGCUAAUACAGAGAAUGAGCAGACAGGCGGAAGCGGCGCCCGCCGGCGUCGUGUUGGUGGUUGGAGCGACGAGCCGGCACCAGCCGGUGGGUUCACGGACGGCAACAGCAGCAGUGGAAACGGGUUGUUUAGCAGCGCGGGAGGGGUGGAUGGUGGUUCGAGCUCUGCAGCAGCCGCAGCAGCAGCAGCCGCAGCAGCAGCCGCAGCAGUGAACGCACCAUUGGGUCCCGUUGGGCCCACUAGUGGACCGGAGCCUGCGGACGGAAUCAACCCCUUCAAUGGCCGUCCGUUCACUGACCGCUAUUAUAGGAUAUUGGAGGCUAGGAAGCAGCUGCCUGCGUGGCGUAGUCAGAAGCACUUCCUCAAGUUGGUAGCGAAGAACAAGUUUGUGAUUCUUGUGGGGGAGACAGGAAGCGGGAAGACGACACAGAUGACGCAGUUCAUGUUGCAUGCAGGAAUGCAUGCUGGACGUUGCAUUGCGUGCACGCAACCCCGCCGUGUGGCAGCGAUGUCGGUUGCUCAGCGAGUAGCUGAAGAGCUGGAUGUCAACUUAGGACAGGAGGUGGGAUAUACGAUUCGUUUUGAAGAUCGCAGCUGCAGCAGCACAAUUCUUCGCUACCUAACCGACGGUAUGCUUCUGAGGGAGGCCAUGGCUGAUCCGCUUUUGGAGCGUUACAGUGCAGUUCUCCUGGAUGAAGCACAUGAACGGACUGUGGCAACAGAUCUCCUCUUUGGGUUGUUGAAGGAGGUCGUAGCUAGCAGGAAAGACCUCAAAGUCGUCGUCAUGAGUGCCACUCUCGAUGCGGAGAAGUUCCAGCGCUACUUCGAUGGAGCUCCCAUCUUAAAUGUUCCUGGGAGAAUUCAUCCCGUAGAAAUCUUCUAUACACCCAAACCCGAAAAGAACUACCUCGAGGCUUCCAUCCGCACCGCGCUGCAGAUUCACUUAGGGGAGCCGCCGGGAGAUAUGCUGGUGUUCUUAACAGGCGAAGAGGAGAUCGAGCAGGCCAAGAAGGACCUCGAGAAGGCGGCGCAGCGGCACGCGGAUGCAGGAGAACUGAUGGUGGUUCCUCUGUAUUCUUCUUUAUCGCCAGCCCAGCAGCAGCGGAUAUUCGAAGCCGCUCCCCCCCCUCGGUACCCGGGAGGACCCCCCGGCCGCAAGUGCGUAAUCUCAACGAACAUUGCCGAGACUUCUCUAACAAUAGACGGGAUCGUGUACGUCGUCGACCCCGGCUUUAGCAAGCAAAAGGUCUAUAACCCGCGCAGCCGCGUAGAGAGUCUUCUCGUAUCCCCGAUUUCGAAAGCCUCUGCACAACAGCGAGCAGGAAGAGCUGGGAGGACACGGCCGGGAAAGUGCUUUCGCCUAUACACAGAAGCGGCGUUUCAGUCGGAGCUUGUCGACCAAACCUACGCUGAAAUCCUCCGAUCGAACCUGGCGAGUGUUGUGUUGACUUUAAAGAAGCUGGGAAUAGAUGAUUUGGUCCACUUUGAUUUUAUGGAUCCGCCGGCACCCGAAACGCUUAUGCGAGCUCUCGAGCAGCUGAACUAUUUGGGGGCUCUAGACAACGAGGGAGAGUUGACCACCGACGGGGAGUCCAUGGCAGAGUUUCCUCUUGACCCGCAGCUCGCGAAGUGCCUCGUGGACUCCGCGAAACACAACUGCAGCAAGGAGAUGCUAUCGAUUGCAGCGAUGUUGUCAGUGCCUCUGGUGUUCCUGCGUCCGAAGGAACGCCUGAAGCAGGCAGAUGCAACUAAGGCUCGAUUUGCACACUUAGACGGCGAUCAUCUCACACUUUUGAAUGUUUUUCAUGCUUUCAUUCAACAUGGAGCAGGCAGUCCCGAGGCAGAGAGGCAAUUCUGUUUCGAAAACUUCCUCAACCCCCGCUCCCUGGCGGCCGCCAAGAACGUCCGCAUGCAGCUGCAGCGGAACAUGGAGCGGCUGGCUAUCCCGAUCACGUCUGCGCCUUACACGGAAAAAAACUACUACCCACAGAUUAGAAAGGCGAUUCUAAGCGGGUUCUUCAUUCAAGUAGCUCAUCUCCAACGCAGCGGGCAUUAUAUGACCGUUAAAGAUGGGCAGCUGGUGGCGCUGCACCCCUCGUCUACGCUGUCGCACAAACCUGAGUGGGUUGUGUACCACGAGUUCGUGCUGACAUCAAAGGCCUUCGUUAGAACUUGCACGCAAGUGCGCGGAGAGUGGUUGCUGCAGCAGGCCCCCCACUUCUAUGACCCAGAUGAAUUCCCUCCCGGAGAUGCAAAGAAACAACUCGAAAAAAUAAAGGCAAAACUCCAAAAAGAAGCCAAUGGCACCACCAGCAGCAACAGCAGCAGCAGCGGCAGCAGCAGCAGCAGCACACCCACUCAACAUAAUGCAGUGAUGCAACAACAAAACACAAACAUGUACAAUAACGGGGACCUGCAACACCCAGCCAUAUGA